AUGAAGGUGGCAGCGCCACGUGCAGGCUCCACCAGUCACGUGUGGGGCUACGUAAUCGUGUUACUCGCGGCCCUGGUCUUUAUUGCAUCCAUGUAUGUCAUGAUCUUCUCGAAACUGCUGCUACUUUUUCUUCCAGAGACCUCUGCCACAGCUGAAGCGACAGAUCAAAUGGCCAUCAAAAGCUCUGAAGACCAACAAGUGAGCGUCAGUCUCUUGCGCGCUCUCGAGAGCGACGUGUACUACUGCUACUUGGUGCCCCUCACGAUCCCUGUGACCAUCUUGACGUGCUACGCCAACUGGGUCGGCCUCAAGUUCUUCCGCCACAACUGA